UACACCCGGGAAGCCUACGAGGACUAUGAAGACUACAAGGAUGAGAUGCCAGCUGCGGAUGAUCCGAGUGCCAACUCUCAGCCUGUGACGCCCCUGCAGCUGUUUGAGGGUCGAAGGAGCCGCCGCAGAAGGGAGGCUCCCAAGGUGGCCGAGGAGCAGGAGUCCAGAGUGCAGUACACUGUGUGCAUCUGGCGCAAGGGCAAGGUGGGGUUGUCUGGCAUGGCGAUCGCAGACAUCACCCUCCUGAGUGGAUUCCACGCCCUGAGGGCCGACCUGGAGAAGCUGACGUCCCUCUCUGACCGGUACGUGAGUCACUUUGAGACCGAUGGGCCCCAUGUCCUGCUGUACUUCGACUCGGUCCCGACCACCCGGGAGUGUGUGGGCUUUGGAGCCCUGCAGGAGGUGGCCGUGGGGCUGGUGCAGCCGGCCAGCGCUGUCCUGUAUGACUACUACAGCCCCGACCACAAGUGCUCUGUGUUUUAUGCCGCACCGAGUAAGAGCAAGCUCCUGUCCACCUUGUGCUCUGCCGAUGUCUGCCAGUGUGCCGAGGGGAAGUGCCCUAAACAGCGCCGCUCUCUGGAGCGAGGGGAGCAGGACAAGGAUGGCUACAGGAUGAAGUUUGCCUGCUAUUACCCCCGAGUGGAGUAAGGCUUCCAGGUUAAGGUUCUCCGAGAAGAUGGCAGAGCUGCCUUCCGCCUCUUUGAGACCCAGAUCACCCAAGUCCUGCAUUUCAGCAAGGAUGCCAAGGCUUCUGUAGGUCAGACCCGCAACUUCCUGGUCCGGGCCUCUUGCCGCCUCCGCCUGGAGCCUAACAAAGAAUACUUGAUCAUGGGUCUGGAUGGGGUCACCAGUGACCUCAAGGGAGAGUGAGUCCUCCGGCCCUGCCAUCCCCUGCUCC